AUGGUGUUUCUCCCUGGAAAUGCCUCGGACAGCUCCAACUGCACCCACCCGCCGCCACCGGUGAACAUUUCCAAGGCCAUUCUGCUCGGGGUGAUCUUGGGGGCCCUCAUCCUUUUCGGGGUACUGGGGAACAUCCUUGUGAUCCUUUCCGUGGCCUGCCACCGGCAUCUGCACUCGGUCACUCACUACUACAUCGUCAACCUGGCGGUGGCCGACCUUCUACUCACUUCCACGGUGCUGCCCUUCUCCGCAAUCUUCGAGAUCUUGGGCUACUGGGCCUUUGGCAGGGUCUUCUGCAAUAUCUGGGCGGCGGUGGACGUCCUGUGCUGCACGGCCUCCAUCAUGGGACUCUGCAUCAUCUCCAUCGACCGCUACAUCGGCGUGAGCUACCCGCUGCGCUACCCCACCAUCGUCACGCAGAAGAGGGGUCUCAUGGCUCUGCUCUGCGUCUGGGCGCUCUCCCUGGUCAUCUCCAUCGGGCCUCUGUUCGGCUGGAGGCAGCCGGCCCCCGAGGACGAGACCAUCUGCCAGAUCAAUGAGGAGCCGGGCUACGUGCUCUUCUCCGCGCUCGGCUCCUUCUACGUGCCGCUGACCAUCAUCCUCGUCAUGUACUGCCGGGUCUACGUGGUGGCCAAGAGGGAGAGCCGGGGCCUCAAGUCCGGCCUCAAGACCCACAAGUCGGACUCGGAGCAGGUGACGCUCCGCAUCCAUCGCAAAAAUGCCCCGGUAGGAGGCAGCGGGGUGCCCAGCGCCAAGAACAAGACACACUUCUCCGUGAGACUCCUCAAGUUUUCCCGGGAGAAGAAAGCGGCCAAAACACUGGGUAUCGUGGUCGGCUGCUUCGUCCUCUGCUGGCUGCCUUUUUUCUUAGUGAUGCCCAUUGGGUCUUUCUUUCCUGAUUUCAGGCCCUCAGAAACAGUUUUUAAAAUAGCAUUUUGGCUCGGAUACCUAAACAGCUGCAUCAACCCCAUUAUAUACCCAUGUUCCAGUCAAGAGUUUAAAAAGGCCUUUCAGAAUGUCUUGAGAAUCCAGUGUCUGAGCCGAAAGCACUCUUCCAAACAUGCCCUGGGCUAUACUCUGCACCCACCCAGCCAUGCCCUGGAGGGACAGCACAAGGACCUGGUGCGCAUUCCGGUGGGAUCCGGAGAGACCUUCUAUAAGAUCUCCAAGACGGAUGGGGUCUGUGAAUGGAAAUUUUUCUCUUCCCUGCCCCGUGGAUCUGCCAGGAUUACAGUGCCCAAAGACCAAUCAGCCUGCACCACUGCCCGGGUGAGAAGUAAAAGCUUUUUGCAGGUCUGCUGCUGCACGGGGCCCUCGACACCCAGCCAUGGAGAGAAUCAUCAAAUUCCAACCAUUAAGAUCCAUACCAUCUCCCUCAGUGAGAAUGGGGAGGAAGUCUAG